UGUUGGAGUACAGGUUCCGUGCAUGGAACUAGAGUUCUUAGCAAAUUAUUUAGCAGAGCCGAGUCUAGUUGAGUACAACUUCUUAAAGUUCUUGCCUUCACUCAUCGCAGCAUCCGCUGUAUUCCUUGCUAGAUGGACCCUCAAUCAAUCAGUGCAUCCAUGGAAUCCAACCUUGGAGCAUUAUACUAGUUACAAGGCAUCAGAGCUGAAAACUAGUGUACUUGCAUUGGAGGAAUUGCAGCUCAACACUAAUGGCUGCUCCCUCAAUUCCUUUCGCGACAAGUACAGACAACAGAAGGUAAAUUUUACAGACAUAUAUAUACAAAUAUCUGAAUUUAAGUUUCUGAUAAAAAGGAUUUUCUCUUACAAUUGA